ACGACAUCAUUCACCCCUCAACCACCUCUCGACCGACAGUCAAUUGCUAUCGGGACACACCAUCAUGGCUUCUCAGCGCAUUUUCCAGCUCGGCCUGCGACGCGCAGCUGCGCCAGGCCUGAGGGUGCAGCCUGCGGGACGCAUGGUUCAGCGGAGACUCGCAGCGACCGAGCAUGCCUCCCAGUCCCAAGCUGCUGAGAUCCUGGCAAAGCAGCGCAUCAACCGUCCGGUCUCGCCCCACCUUGCCAUCUACAAGCCCCAAAUCACCUGGAUUGCCUCAGGGCUCAAUCGUAUCACCGGUCUCACUCUGUCUGGCUCUCUUUACCUCUUCGGAAUCGCAUACCUCAUUGCGCCCUACACUGGAUGGCACCUCGAGACACAGUCCAUGGUCGCGGCCGUUGCUGCUUGGCCCGCAGUGGUCAAGGCUGGUGUUAAGACUUUCUUCGCACUUCCCUUCUUCUUCCACUGCCUCAAUGGUGUCAGGCAUUUGGCUUGGGAUAUGGGUGUUGGUUUUAAGAACCAGCAGGUCAUCCGUACUGGCUGGGGUGUUGUUGGAUUGACAGCCAUCUCGACCAUUUAUUACGCUUUCCUGGCAUAAACGAGCAACGGCUGGUUUAGAGCAAGAUUGGUCUUGAAAAGAAAAGUCGAUGAAGAAGUGGGGAUGGUUGGAGUGCGAAAGGCCGUCGGACUCUAGAGGCAUCAAGCAACAAUGGGAACAGGAAUGGGGCACAUUUGGAGCGGUAGUGAGGAAUCCUACAUGUAUUGUGUGUAUUUUGAAUCCAACAUAGCAUGUGCAGCCACAUGCGAACAAGUAUCAAGAGUAUUUCAUUUUGUUU